CGUCACUGGGGAAGAGUAAAACACUCACGCUGAGUUUUGCUGGCUCAGAGGAAAACUUGCGAUUGCGCUCGUUGAAGAGGAGAAAAGACGAGGCCAUAUAUGGAAAAUGCAUUGCAGAAAAUGAGACACCCAAGAGUUCUUGAGAUGCCUCGGGGAGCUCACGAGGAAAUUGUGUUUGCAGGCUCGCAAAUCGCGCCGAGAUUGAAUGCGCUGGAACCUCCGAAGUGGUACAAUUUAGAAUCAGGCCAAAUUUGAAUGCCUCAAAAGUCACACAAAACCUGGACUCCAAACCAUCAUCGGGCUUGAUUCAAAACUGGCGGGACUUCAGUUCAUUGAGCAUUUCAAGGGAUUGAUUUGUGAUUGACUCUUUGGAUUUUUUCUUGCUGCUGGAAAAGUGUGACGCAACCAUAGAACAGGAACUGGAACUUACUGCAACACAAGAAAGGGUCUGCUCAGGAGAAUACCGGCAGUCUCUCGACAUACACUCACUUACAUGGCUUCAAAGUUUCAAGAUCCUACGCCAGUUCCAAUUGCAGGGCGCACAUAGCCAAACAACCCAUUUGGAGUCUAUCAGGCAUUUUUUUUGUGGGAGGAAAUCAAAGUAACCGGAGAGAAGCCACCCAGACACGCAAGCCCCACACGCGAAGCCCGAAGCCCGAAGCCCGAAGCCCGAAGCCCGAAGCCCGGAUUUGAACCCACCACCUCUGAACUGUGAGCGCAUCUUUUAUAAAGGCAGUCCACGUUCGACACGCGUAUUAAGCGACGCGUCUUAAUUAUUCUGCGCCUCACCGCCAACGGUGUCUACAAAGUUUGUUUGAGGCCACAGCUGUAAUUCAUCUACGCCUGAACAAAAACCACUCGAUGCAUCAGAGGACGUACGAGGAGACUCAUCACAGCAGGCUUCUAUUUAUCUUCAUCCAUCCACAACGGACUGUAGGACGUGCGCCAAGUUCAACAAAACUCAUCUCAUCACUGCACCAAAUUUUACUAUCCAAGUGCGUCAAGGCCACACAAAGUGGAUGCUAAUAGGUGUGGCCCUAAUACAAAGAGUGAACAGAGUUCACGGCAUGUGCACGGCAAGUCAACGCACGCAAGCGCUCGAGUGAUUCUCGUGUUGUCAGCGAAAUUUGAGCAGGAUCAAAUGCUGCGUAAUUACAUGGCUCCAACGCCACUUUCAUACACUUUCUUUUCUUCUUUGCCGUUUAUUGGCUCGGUCCCCAGGAAUACAGCAAAAUACAGAUCCGGAUAAAGAUGCAUACUGUUGCAAUCUACUUGCAUUUGGGAAGAGUGGGGCAGUGGACCGCCACAUGGAGAAGAUGGCGCUGCUGGUUCAAAGGCGGAUGAAGAUACUUUGGAUAUAGAGUUUGAACAUAAUAAAACUGAGACGUAGCAUUCGAAUACUUUGAAAUGAAUUAAAUUGUGGUUAACAAAAAAAUAAAAUCAAACAAAUGAAGACGAAGCCACACCCCAUUUUAGGCGACGCUGCGUGUGCGUGUUGGCGUGCGCGUGCGCGCGCGUGUGUGUGCGUCUAUCAAUGAAGGCUUCUCUCUCUCUCUCUCUGCACGUGAUCCAUCUAUAACGCCGCCCCUCCCACAUAGACGAGUUUUGCGAUGUAUUUUCAACGUUUUGCCAGUAAAAGUCUCAUUUCCGGAAGUUUGAGGACUUUUGAAAAGACCCUUCGUCGUGGAUUUAGGAGCGGCGUUGCUGUGCAAUGCGGCGCGAGUUUGAAGGGUCGCAGCUGCUUGACGCUGAAAGACUUCACUUCGGAAGAAAUCAAGACGCUUUUGUGGCUUUCUGCCGAUUUAAAAGAUCGCAUCAAGCGUGGAAAACAGUAUCUGCCUCUUCUGCAAGGGAAGUCCAUUGCGAUGAUAUUUGAGAAGAGGAGCACCAGAACAAGAAUGUCCACAGAAACAGGCUUCGCUUUGCUGGGGGGGCAUCCUUGUUUCCUCACAGCCCAAGACAUCCAUCUGGGAGUGAACGAGAGUUGCGCUGACACUGCAAGGGUUCUAUCAGGACUGUGUGACGUCGUCCUGGCUCGGGUGUGCAGUCACUCCACACUGGAGGAACUGGAUAAGGAGUGCUCCAUUCCCAUCAUCAACGGACUGUCAGACCUCUACCACCCGAUCCAGAUUCUGGCAGACUUCCUGACCUUACAGGAGCAUUACGGGUCCCUCGCUGGACUAACGCUGAGCUGGAUUGGAGAUGGCAACAACGUCCUGCACUCUUUUAUGAUGACUGCACCCAAAUUGGGAGUCCACUUAAAAGUUGCUACCCCGAAGGAUUAUGAGCCAGAACGGAGCGUAGUUGAAGAGGCUGUGAGACUCUCGAAAAAGCACGGCACGCGGCUCGUGCUGACCUCGGAGCCCACGGAGGCGGCUCGCGACAGCAACGUUUUGGUGACUGACACCUGGGUGAGCAUGGGGCAGGAGGAGGAGAGAAGAAAAAGGCUCCAAGACUUCCAUGGUUACCAGAUUACCAUGCAGACAGGAAGUGUAGCCCAGCCAGACUGGACCUUCCUGCACUGUCUUCCCCGCAAAAAGGAGGAGGUGGACGAUGACGUUUUCUACUCGUCCCGCUCCCUCGUCUUCCCGGAGGCAGAGAAUCGGAAGUGGACAAUCAUGGGCUUGAUGGUGUCACUCUUGACCGACUACAAACCACAAACGCCAACGCUCAAGUUUUAAUUAGCAAGUUUAGGCGCAUUCAAGACAUCUCUUCAUCAAAAGAUCGAUUUUGCUUUUUGAAUCAUACGUCAAUUCAAUUAUAUUGACUUCCUCGUGUGGCUGUAUUAAUAUGGGUGUGAAGAAAUUUCUCUAUGAUGGACAAUGACAAUAAAAAAGAAAAAGUA